GGGAAAUAAGUCCUGGACUCAGAGCUCCCUGCCCUGCUCUGCCUCAUUCUCUCCUCACUUUCUGCCUCACGGCGGCCACUGCAGAUGCACCUGGAAGACAUAAGGAGCCGGACCCAAGUCAUGAUCCUGGGAGCCAUCGCCCUGGCUGCCCUGCUGAGCCCCCAUGGAACUGGGGCCGUCACGGUGGGCCACAUGUCAAUGUAUGCCGAGUUUGUCCAGACACACAGACCCUCUGGGGAGUACAUGUUUGAGUUUGAUGAGGAUGAGCAGUUCUAUGUGGACCUGGAUAAGAAGGAGACUGUCUGGCAUCUGCCAGAGUUUAUUCAUGCCUUUGACUAUGAUGCUUGGAGGGGUAUUGCUGACAUUGUCGGGUCAAGGAAGAACCUGACUACCCUGAUCCAAUGGUCGAACCACACCAGGGCCACAAAUGAUCCAUCUGAGGUGACUGUGUUUCCCAAGGAGCCUGUGGAGCUGGGACAGCCCAACACCCUCAUCUGUCAUGUGGACAAGUUCUUCCCACCUGUGCUCAAUGUCACAUGGCUGCACAAUGGGCAGAUGGUCACCGAAGGUAUAGCUGAGACCAUCUUCCUGCCCAGCACAGAAUUCAGAUUCCACAAGUUCCACUACCUAACCUUCCUUCCCACGGCUGAAGACGUCUAUGACUGCAAGGUGGAGCACUGGGGCCUGGACCAGCCGCUCCUUCAGCACUGGGAGGCCCAGGAGCCAAUCCGGGUGCGUGAGACGAAGGAGACUGUGGUCUGUGUCCUGGGCCUGGUGGCAGGUAUGGUGGGCAUCAUCACUGGCAUCAUUGUCCUGAAGACCGGGCGGCCCGACAGCAUCCCUGGGUGCAGGGGCUCCUGUGACAACCCUUUGUGACAUAAGAGGACAUAGGGGAAUCCCCAGCAUCAGAUCUACUUCAAAGCUCCAAUGCCUCUGAAUGUCUGUGCUCAACACCAAUGACUGAUGUCCCCAAAGCCCCCUCCAAUUCCUGCCUGUGAUCCUACUCACACUUAGCACUCAAUAAAUGUUGGAAUUUGAUGUAUGGUGACAAUUUAGUCCCCACACUGGAUGGUCUAUAGGCCCUAGUUUCCUCUGAGGCUCCUCCCUACAGAGCAUUCUUUCCGAGUAAUCCCAAGGAUCAAUAAAUACUUGUGUGUGUUAGACAUUUCUGGUGCCUUCUUUGUGACUCCAGGGCCUUUCCUCGGUCUCUAUAUCUUCAGUUCCCUAGGAGCACAUAACCUGGACCUGUAAUGUGGAUGUAGUUAUUGCAGUUUCUGAGCCUACCAAGUCUAGAGAAUGUUUGCUCUACCCUGGGUACUUCCCUAGCAUGGGGUGGAGGGCACAAGGAUUGUUGGUGUCACUGCGGGGUUGAUUUACUCUGAACUAUUCAUCUCAUCUCCAUCCUGCUGCUAACCUCCUUUGUUCACCCCCCACUUCUGGACUCUGACCCCCAGGGCUCCUCUCCUGCUCCAGGCAGCAGAAAAGAUCCAUUUUCCAGUAGACACACUGUUUUGCAGGAGUUUCCCAUGGUAAAUUUGUUAAGCCUUUAGUAACUUAAUGUCUCUUUUAUACCAUGUCAUACUGUACUCUAUCCA